UAUUUCACUCUGUUUUGGGGGGAAAAAGCUAUAUCGCCUGAAAGAUGUCGGAAACGCCUGUCCGAUUCGGAGUACUGGGGUGUGCUACCAUAGCACGCAUACUAUCAAGAGCAAUUAAACUCGCACCAAACGCCUCCAUCUCCGCCAUCGGAAGCCGUUCGAUCGACAAGGCCUCGAAAUUCGCAUCCGACAACGGCUUCCCGGCGUCGGCUAAGGUCUACGGCAGCUACGAAGCCGUGUUAGACGAUCCAGAAGUCGACGCCGUUUACGUGCCUCUCCCGACGAGCUUGCACUUGAAGUGGGCCGCUUUAGCCGCCGAGAAGAAGAAGCACCUGUUGCUGGAGAAGCCGGUGGCGCUGGACGUGAAGGAGCUUGACACGAUUCUCGAGGCGUGUGAAUCGAAUGGUGUGCAGUUCAUGGACGCUACCAUGUGGAUGCACCAUCCUCGGACGGCUAAGAAGAAAGAGUUCCUCUCCGAUCCGCGGCGUUUUGGGCAACUCAAAUUGAUUCACAGCAUCUUUACCUUCGAUGCUGGCCCUGACUUUCUCAACAACAACAUCCGUGUAAAGCCAGAUCUUGACGCUCUUGGCGCUCUUGGCGAUGCAGGGUGGUACUGCAUCCGGGCAAUCCUCUGGGCUGCUGACUACGAGCUCCCUAAAAGCACGACAGCGUUGCCCGAGAAAACUGAACUUAAUCAAGCAGGGGUGAUUCUAUCGUGUGGCGCUUCCUUAAAUUGGGCUGAUGGGAAAGUAGCAACGUUCCACUGCUCUUUCCUCACCAAAUUAGCCAUGGAAUUAACCGCUACUGGAACAGAAGGAAAUUUGCACGUUGAUGACUUUGUCAGACCGUUAAUCGGAGAGAGUGAAGCCAAGUUUUAUGCAGCUAGUGAUGAGCACACUGUGACGACAGAUCUUCCACAGGAAGCGCUCAUGGUGACAGAGUUGGCUUGUUUAGUUAAGGGUAUUAGAGGAAAUGGUUUGAAGCCGGAGAAGAAGUGGCCGACCAUGAGUAGGAAGACUCAGCUGGUGGUGGAUGCUGUCAAGGCGUCGAUUGAGAGGGGUUUCGAGGCUGUUGAGGUUGGGAAUUGACUGAGAUUGUUCUGGAUUAUGUUUGGUAUCCACGUUGAAAUGGAAUGGCAUUAAUGUUGGAUAGAUUUGGAUUAGAUUGAUGUUUUUGUAUGUCUAUAUGGAUUGGGGUAUUCAACUUGGUUUUAAUAUAUAGCAUUUCUCUUCUAAACAACCAGUGGGUAGUGGAAACAAAAUGCAGGUGUACAGAAAUGUGGACGUUGUCUCUAUUUUAUGCACCUAGUUAUUUAUUUAUUUUUA